AAGUCAUAGAUUUCGUGAAAUUUAUAAGGACCCUCUGUUGUACCUCUAAUCGCUCCAUUGCCUGUUCUACACUGCCACAUUUCCACAAGCAUGUUGGUCAGAUCCGCCAUUGCUGCCAGUGCCCUUAUGGCAUCUGGUGUGACUGCCUGGAACAAAGAUGUCCACCAACAGAUUGGCUACAGCGCAGAGCAACUCCUGACCCCAGCCACAAAGUCAAUCCUCCACCACAUCUUGGAGCCCAAGUACAACGGCAGCAUCGGCCUCGCCGCCUCAUGGGCAGACGACUAUGCCCACACCACCGAAGGUGCUUUCAGCUACCAAUGGCAUUGGAUCGACUCGGCCGACAACCCACCCUAUUACUGCAACGUCUAUUACAACCGUGACUGCACCAAAGGCGGCUGUGUGGUCUCAGCAAUCGCAAACCAGACCCAGAUCUUGAAGAGUUGUAUCAGCAAGGUGAAGAAGGGCGAGCUUGUGCAUGGUGAGGAUUUGCAGUGUUCGUAUGCGCUAAAGUGGGUUGCGCAUUUCUUGGGUGAUAUCGCGCAGCCUUUGCAUGCGUCGGGUGUUGCAGCUGGUGGUAACGGUCUCGAUGUUGUGUUCGGAAACCAUUCCACCGAGCUGCAUGCUGUCUGGGAUGGAUGGAUCGUCUAUGCUGACGCAAACGUGACAAGCUUCCCCAACACAACCAUUCAACCCUUCUUCAAGGAUCUCGUCUCUCGCAUCCACAAAGACGACUUUUCCAUUCCCACUGCAGAGUGGAUUGCUUGUAGCGAUCCUUCCACACCACUGGAAUGUGCUCUCAGCUGGGCUCGCGAUAGUAAUGCCUUGACCUGCGAUUACGUCUACUCGCAAGCUUUUAACGGCACCAAUCUGGCUACCAGUGGGUACGCCACUGGUGCUUAUCCCAUUGUAGAGGUGCAGAUGAGCAAGGCCAUCUUAAGAUUGGGUACUUGGCUGAACAAGUUGGUUGCUGGCAAUUAUGACCAUGGAAGGAAUGUUGUGUUGCAGACGAACCCCAGUUGGUUGUUGGGUCCUGAUGGUGGCGAGUAAGGCGUCGCGUAGUUUGAGCUCGUAGCUCGAUGAGGCCUCAUUAAUGGCUGUCAUA